UCGGAUAAUAACUAUGAAUUAAUCACUGAGCAUCUACACUGAAAAAUUGCUACCUUACUGCAGUCGCGGGAUAGGAGCAUGAGAAUGAACAUGAAGGCCGCGGCGAUCAAUUCACGAGCACGAGCUACCGGCAGUCAAUCAUUCACCUCUCGCGCCUGCCCCUACCAACAAAUGCGCGAACACAUCCGCUUCUCGUGAAGAAGUGAUUCUUGGAAUAGUUGCCCAACAUGCAAGCCUUUGUCCCGAAGAAUCGAAGGGCAAAGUUCGAUCUUGACUUGCAGGUCCUCGACCUAAAUAACGUUCCCCUCGUCUCCGGAAAGUCAUUCGUCAAAUGGCACCUCCCGCAUUCCGCCGCCGGAGAUCACCAGGGUCGGACCGAGAAGCGAGAUAUCAAGGAGCAUAAAGUUACGUGGAACCAUGAGGCUCAUUUCGCAGUACGGUUCACGAUCGACAAAUCCGGUCUCUUGCAGGAGUCAUGGAUACAUUUCGAGGUAAUCCAGGAAUACUCUUCUGGAAGCAAAGGGGAGCGGAUAAUACUGGGUGUUGUGAAAUUGAAUCUGGCCGAGUACGUGGAAGCAAGCGAGGCCGAAGGAGACGUCGGAAUUUCAAGACGAUACCUCAUGCAGGAUAGCAAGAUCAAUAGUACAUUGAGGAUCAGCAUCUUCCUUCGCCAGACUGAGGGGGAUCGAAACUUCAUAGCGCCCCCGCUACGAACCGCUCAGGUGUUCGGCGGCAUCGCUGGGAUUGUGGUUGGAGGAGAGCAAGUAGAGUCGGACGAUAUAGGGCAAAUGCCUGCUCUAAGCCAUCGAUCGCGCGAGGCUGGUGAGCUUCAGGACCUCUACCGACGGACCCUUGCAGCAAAAUGGGCCGCACAACCCGGAGAGUUGAGCGCGGACAAAUGCAUCGAGGACAUAUUUGCUGGUGGUGACGGCUGGGGCGACCGAGACCUGAGCUUCGACCCAAACGGCGCCGGCAAUGGCAAUGUUGAAGACAGUGGAUCCCUCAGUGGUAGUGAGAGGAACACCCUGCAUCCGAGCCGGAGGAACUAUUCCGGAGCAUUCUCAUCACGACCAAAUAGCAAGGAUGGAUCUCUUGAGACUCUCAAGGACUUGGAUAAGCAUGAGGUCCCUCUGACGGCAGGCGAAGGAAUCCGAGGGCGAGGGAGCCUGGAGCAACAAGCUCAGAAUAUGAAGGCGGCAUCGGAGAGGGGGCGACGCCCACAUAAUACUGAGAUGGACGAGUUCGAUGCUCGAGAAGAUCUGAGAAGCUGGCAGAUCUCUAAUCCGAGGGGCUCAUAAGGGAAGUAGGCUAUUAAUGAAUCUGGUAUUAGAUAGAAACAUCCGUGUCCAGAUGGCUCUCCACAAGAUAUAAUUGCACAGAGUACCGGCAAUUAGAAAUUUAUCUCUCAACAUCACGAUGUUCUAGUAUGAGAUUACGAUGC